AUGAAGAUCGCCAGCUCAUUCUCUCCACUCUAUGUUCUCCUCUUCUCUUCCCUUUGGCAUCUCUCUUUAUCUUUAUCUGAUUUUGAAGUCUCCGCAAUUGCUCAUCGCCAACUCUUGUCUCUUAAACAAAAUGAUGACUUGACCCAUGACUUUGAAUAUUCCAUAAAACUUAAUAUUACCUUCGCAAAUAACAGGCUUAAAAGAGCAUACAUUGCUCUUCAAGCAUGGAAAAAGGCCAUAUAUUCUGAUCCAUUCAAUUCUACAACAAAUUGGGUGGGUUGUGAUGUUUGUGCUUACAAUGGUGUCUUUUGUGCCGAGGCUCUUGAUGUUCCUAAGCAAACAGUCGUUGCUGGGAUUGACCUUAACCAUGAUGACAUUGCUGGCUUUCUUCCUGUAGAGUUGGGCCUAUUGACAGAGAUUUCAUUAUUCCAUAUCAACUCCAAUCGUUUUUGUGGCAUUAUUCCCAAAAGCUUCUCCAAGUUAGCCCUUCUGUAUGAACUAGAUGUUAGCAACAAUCGAUUUGUUGGCUCAUUCCCAACAGUUGUUUUAUCGUUGCCUUCACUCAGGUACCUUGACCUUCGGUACAACAAUUUUGAAGGUAAAUUGCCAGAUGGGCUUUUUCGGAAGGAACUUGAUGCUUUGUUCUUGAAUAACAACAGAUUCACAUCAACCAUUCCUGAAACUCUGGGUUCAUCUCCUGCUUCUGUUGUGGUGGUCGCCAAUAACAACCUCACUGGCUGCAUUCCAUGCAGCAUAGGAAAUAUGGCUAAUACAUUAAAUGAAAUAAUAUUUUUAAAUAACAAUCUUUCGGGUUGUUUACCAUCUGAGAUUGGAAAGCUUGGGAAACUAACAGUUCUUGACGUUUCUUCAAAUACAUUUACUGGGGCAUUGCCCAAGUCUUUCAAAGAUCUUGGAAAGUUGGAGGUAUUUGAUGUUUCACACAACAUAUUAACAGGUUUUGUUCCUGAGAGCAUUUGUGGCUUGCCUAACCUGGAGAACUUCACAUUUUCAUAUAAUUACUUCAAUGGAGAGGCACCAGUAUGCCAGAAACCAAGUAGGAAGGACUUUAUUCGGGAUGAUACAGGUAAUUGUUUACCUGACAGACAGAAACAAAAGCCCCAAAAAACUUGUCAUCCAAUUGUAAGCAAACCAGUCGAUUGCAGCAAGGCAAAGUGUGGAGGACCAUCAUUGGGACAUUCUCCAGCAACCAAGCUACAUCCGCACCCUUCACCAAUACACAAGAAAUCACAACAUCAAGAUCAUCAUCAUCACCAUCACCACCACCAUCAAAGUCACCACCGUCACCACCACCAUCAAGAUCACCACCGUCCACCUCUAAGUCACAUCCAGUCACAACCACCAUCAAGCUCACCACCAACCACACCUAAGGCGCAACUACCAACACCAAUGCAGGUUUCUAGUCCACCCAUAACAGUAACAACACCUCCGGCGCCAACACCAAGUAGUGAUCCUCACGAAGAGGCUCCCUAUGGUCACAUGAAAUCUCCACCCCCAGCAGUCCACUCUCCACCACAAGCAAUACAAUCCCCACCAUCCGCUGCCCAGUCUCCACCGCUCCAAACACAAUCCUCAUCUCCUCUUCAAUCCCCACCAUCUAGCCAAUCUCUGCCAAGUGCAGCACAACCUAUAUCAUCUCAAACACCUUCAACACAAUCUCCAUCUCCUGUUCAAUCCCAACCAUCUAGUCAAUCUCCACUAAGUCCAGCACAACCUACAUCAUCUCCAACACCUUCAACACAAUCUCCAUCUCCUGUUCAAUCCCCGCCAUCUAGCCAAUCUCCACCAAGUUCAGCGCAACCUGUGUCAUCUCCAACACCUUCAACCCAAUCCCCAUAUCCUAUCCAAUCCGCACAAACUGGACAAUCCCAACCAAGCCAAGCACAACCAGUCUCAUCUCCAACACCUUCAACACAAUCCCCAUCUCCCGUCCAAUCCUCACCAUCUAGCCCAUGUCCACCAAGUCCAGCACAAGCUGUGUCAUCUCCAACACCUUCAACACAAUCCUCAUCUCCUGGCCAAUCCUCACCAUCUAGCCCAUCUCCACCAAGUCCAGCACAACCUGUGUCAUCUCCAACACCUUCAACACAAUCCACAUCUUCUGCCCAAUCCCCACCAUCUAGCGAAUCUCCACCAAGUCCAGCGCAACCUGUCUCAUCUCCAACACCAUCAACACAAUCUCCAUCUCCUAUCCAAUCCCCACCAAGUCUAACACAACCUGCAUCAUCUCCAACACCUUCAACACAAUUUCCAUCUCCUGUCCAAUCCGCACAAACUGGACAAUCCCCGCCAAGCCAAGCACAACCUAUCUCAUCUCCUAUAACUUCAACACAAUCUCCAUCAUCCGCACAAUCCCUACCAUCGGAAGAAUCUACACCAAGCCCAACACAACCUCAAUCAUCUCCAACACCUGCAACACAAUCUCCACCAAGCCAAGAACAACCUACAUCAUCUCCAACACCUUCAACACAAUCCCCACCAUCUAGCGAAUCUCCACCAAGUCCAGCGCAACCUGUGUCAUCUCCAACACCUUCAACCCAAUCCCCAUCUCCUGUCCAAUCCCCACCAUCUAGCGAAUCUCCACCAAGUCCAGCGGAACCUGUGUCAUCUCCAACACCUUCAACCCAAUCCCCAUCUCCUGUCCAAUCCCCACCAUCUAGCCAAUCUCCACCAAGUCCAACGCAAACGGUGUCAUCUCCAACACCUUCAACACAAUCCCCAUCUCCUGUCCAAUCCUCACCAUCUAGCCAAUCUCCAGCAAGUCCAGCGCAACCGGUGUCAUCUCCAACACCUUCAACACAAUCCCCAUCUCCUGUUCAAUCCCCACCAUCUAGCCAAUCUCCACCAAGUUCAGCACAGCCUGCGUCAUCUCCAACACCUUCAAUACAAUCCCCAUCUCCUGUCCAAUCCCCACCAUCUAGCCAAUCUCUACCAAGUCCAGCGCAACCUGUGUCAUCUCCAACACCUUCUACACAAUCCCCAUCUCCUGUCCAAUCCCCACCAUCUAGCGAAUCUCCACCAAGUCCAGCGCAACCUGUGUCAUCUCCAAUACCUUCAACACAAUCCCCAUCUCCUGUCCAAUCCGCACAAACUGGACAAUCCCCACCAAGCCAAGCACAACCUAUCUCAUCUCCUGCAACUUCAAUACAAUCUCCAUCGUCCGCACAAUCCCCACCAUCAGAAGAAUCUACACCAAGCCCAACACAACCUACAUCAUCUCCCACACCUGCAACACAAUCUUCAUCGCCAAUACAAUCUCCAUCCAGCACAGCACAACCAGUCUCAUCUCCAAUUCCUUCAACACAAUCUCCAUCUUCCGUCCAAUCCUCACCAUCUAGCCCAUCUCCACCAAGUCCAGCACAACCUAUGUCAUCUCCUACACCUUCAACACAAUCCCCAUCUCCUGUCCAAUCCGCACAAACGGGCCAAUCUCCACCAAGCCAAGCACAACCUGUCUCAUCUCCUAUAGCUUCAAUACAAUCUCCAUCGUCCGCCCAAUCCUUACCAUCUAAAGAAUCUACACCAAGCCCAGUACAACCUACAUCAUCUCCCACACCUGCAACACAAUCUUCAUCGCCUGUACAAUCUCCACCAAGCCCAGCGCAACCAGUCUCAUCUCCAAUUCCUUCAACACAAUCCCCAUCUCCUGUCCAAUCCUCACCAUCUAGCCAAUCUCCAGCAAGUCCAGCGCAACCUUUGUCAUCUCCAACACCUUCAACACAAUCCCCAUCUCCUGUCCAAUCCUCACCAUCUAGCGACUCUCCACCAAGUCCAGCGCAACCUGUGUCAUCUCCAACACCUUCUACACAAUCCCCAUCUCCUGUCCAAUCCCCACCAUCUAGCGAAUCUCCACCAAGUCCAGCGCAACCUGUGUCAUCUCCAACACCUUCAACCCAAUCCCCAUCUCCUGUCCAAUCCCCACCAUCUAGCGAAUCUCCACCAAGUCCAGCACAACCUGUGUCAUCUCCAACACCUUCAACCCAAUCCCCAUCUCCUGUCCAAUCCCCACCAUCUAGCGAAUCUCCAGCAAGUCCAGCGCAACCUGUGUCAUCUCCAACAUCUUCAACACAAUCCCCAUCUCCUGUCCAAUCCCCACCAUCUAGCGAAUCUCCACCAAGUCCAGCAGAACCUGUAUCAUCUCCAACACCUUCAACCCAAUCCCCAUCUCCUGUCCAAUCCCCACCAUCUAGCGAAUCUCCACCAAGUCCAACGCAACCUGUGACGUCUCUAACACCUUCAACACAAUCCCCAUCUCCUGUCCAAUCCCCACCAUCUAGCCAAUCUCCACCAAGUCCAACGCAAACUGUGUCAUCUCCAACACCUUCAACACAAUCCCCAUCUCCUGUCCAAUCCUCACCAUCUAGCCAAUCUCCAGCAAGUCCAGCGCAACCUGUGUCAUCUCCAACACCUUCAACACAAUCCCCAUCUCCUGUCCAAUCCUCACCAUCUAGCGAAUCUCCACCAAGUCCAGCGCAACCUGUGUCAUCUCCAACACCUUCUACACAAUCCCCAUCUCCUGUCCAAUCCCCACCAUCUAGCGAAUCUCCACCAAGUCCAGCGCAACCUGUGUCAUCUCCAACACCUUCAACCCAAUCCCCAUCUCCUGUCCAAUCCCCACCAUCUAGCGAAUCUCCACCAAGUCCAGCACAACCUGUGUCAUCUCCAACACCUUCAACCCAAUCCCCAUCUCCUGUCCAAUCCCCACCAUCUAGCGAAUCUCCAGCAAGUCCAGCGCAACCUGUGUCAUCUCCAACAUCUUCAACACAAUCCCCAUCUCCUGUCCAAUCCCCACCAUCUAGCGAAUCUCCACCAAGUCCAGCAGAACCUGUAUCAUCUCCAACACCUUCAACCCAAUCCCCAUCUCCUGUCCAAUCCCCACCAUCUAGUGAAUCUCCACCAAGUCCAACGCAACCUGUGACAUCUCCAACACCUUCAACACAAUCCCCAUCUCCUGUCCAAUCCCCACCAUCUAGCCAAUCUCCACCAAGUCCAACGCAAACUGUGUCAUCUCCAACACCUUCAACACAAUCCCCAUCUCCUGUCCAAUCCUCACCAUCUAGCCAAUCUCCAGCAAGUCCAGCGCAACCUGUGUCAUCUCCAACACCUUCAACACAAUCCCCAUCUCCUGUCCAAUCCUCACCAUCUAGCGAAUCUCCACCAAGUCCAGCGCAACCUGUGUCAUCUCCAACACCUUCUACACAAUCCCCAUCUCCUGUCCAAUCCCCACCAUCUAGCGAAUCUCCACCAAGUCCAGCGCAACCUGUGUCAUCUCCAACACCUUCAACCCAAUCCCCAUCUCCUGUCCAAUCCCCACCAUCUAGCGAAUCUCCACCAAGUCCAGCACAACCUGUGUCAUCUCCAACACCUUCAACCCAAUCCCCAUCUCCUGUCCAAUCCCCACCAUCUAGCGAAUCUCCACCAAGUCCAGCGGAACCUGUGUCAUCUCCAACACCUUCAACCCAAUCCCCAUAUCCUGUCCAAUCCCCACCAUCUAGCCAAUCUCCACCAAGUCCAACGCAAACGGUGUCAUCUCCAACACCUUCAACACAAUCCCCAUCUCCUGUCCAAUCCUCACCAUCUAGCCAAUCUCCAGCAAGUCCAGCGCAACCGGUGUCAUCUCCAACACCUUCAACACAAUCCCCAUCUCCUGUCCAAUCCUCACCAUCUAGCGAAUCUCCAUCAAGUCCAGCGCAACCUGUGUCAUCUCCAACACCUUCU